GUUCAUUGAAUAUCGGAUAUCGUUGUAUAUAUAAUGCCUAAUAGUACCAAAACACAUAAUCUUGAUUCAAAAAGCAACACGGGUGAUUCGAGAAACAACCAUGGUGAUCAUUCAAGAAACAAUAAUGCUGAAUUGAAAAUGAAUAGAGACGAAUCAAGAAACAGCAAAUUUGAAUGGAAGAGUAGUAGCCAUUCUGAUUUGAAAUAUAACCCUGAUUCCAAAACCAAUGUUGAUCCUCAUUUUGAGGGAGAUGGUGGGGAUCAUCUGCAACAUUCGUCUGUGGCAGCUCAAUCGCUAGAGAGACAAGAUUCUCAUAACGGCAAUAAGGUUUACAAGAGCGGUCCACUAUUUUUGUCCUCCAAAGGGAUUGGCUGGACUUCUUGGAAGAAAAGGUGGUUUAUAUUAACAGAAACAUCAUUGGUUUUCUUUCGUAGUGAUCCAAAUGCAGCACCUCAAAAGGGUGGUGAGGCGAAUCUGACCCUUGGUGGCAUAGACCUUAACAGUUCAGGCAGUGCUGUUGUGAAGGCAGAUAAGAAACUUAUAACCGUGCUAUUUCCAGAUGGCCGUGAUGGAAGAGCUUUUACCCUUAAGGCUGAAACUUCUGAGGAUUUAUUUGAGUGGAAGGAAGCACUCGAGGCAGCUUUGUCAAAUGCACCAAGUGCAGGAAACGGGUUGGGCCAAAAUGGGAUAUCAAAAAGCGAGAAGGGUGAUACUGCUGAUGGUUCACAGGAACAAUCAAAGGACCAAUCGCCAAGAAAAUCAACAGUACUUGGUCGACCUGUUUUACUCGCAUUGGAAGAUAUAGACGGAACUCCAUCAUUUUUGGAGAAAGCUCUUUGUUAUGUAGAAGACUUUGGGGUUAAUGUAGAAGGAAUUUUACGGCAGGCUGCUGAUGUUGAUGAUGUUGAGCGUCGCAUUCGAGAAUAUGAAGAGGGAAAGACAGAAUUUACUAAAGAUGAGGAUGGGCAUGUUAUAGGAGACUGUAUCAAGUAUGUUCUCCGUGAAUUACCAUCACCUCCAGUCCCAGCAUCUUGCUGUGCUGCUUUAUUAGAAGCAUAUCGAUCGGAUCGAGCCACAAGAGUCAGUGACAUGCGUGCAGCUAUUUGUGAUACAUUUCCAGAACCAAAUCGACGUUUAUUACAGAGGAUAUUAAUAAUGAUGGAAGCUGUUGCAGAAAACAAAUCUGUGAACCGAAUGAGUGUUUCAGCCGUUGCAGCUUGCAUGUCCCCACUACUUCUUCGUCCCCUUUUAUCCGGUGAAGUUGACCUAGGAAAGGGAUUGGAAAUGGGUGGUGAUGGGUCUGCACAACUUCUACAAGCAGCAGCUGCUGCUAACCAUGCUCAAGCAAUCAUUAUCACUCUUGUAGAGGAAUAUGAUAAAAUAUUUGGGGAAGAAGACAUGUUAAGUGAUCUGUACUCGGAUUCAGACGAAUAUGGAAGUGAGAGUGAAGACCUUAGUGACGAGUAUUAUGAAGAGGACGAAGAUGAUGAUUAUAACUCAGAAGGUUCUUGUUCGUGUGAAGAUUCUGAUCAUGGAUCAAGUAGUAGUAAUAGUGAGAGUGGUGAAGAUGGUCGCAGCAAGGGUUCCUCUAGCUCAAAUUCCAAUGAAGCUAAUGAUGAUGACAAUCGAAAAAACACUAUUCACCGAAGACGUAGUGCUAAGAAAGGAUCACCCUUUGAAGACAUAGAAUUAAUAGCCGAACAACAGGCUGAAAUUUUGAGACUUGAGGCUAAUAAAGUUAAAUUGAAAGAGAGAAUUCAAGCAGAGGUCAGACAAAAUGCAAUUCUGAAAGAAGAUUUGGUCAGCAAGAAGAAAGCUUUAGAGAAGCAGCGUUUAGCUCUUUUGGAAGAGGUGUCUACUUUAGAGGACGUGUUGCAGAACGUUCCAGUAUCAACGUCUACUGAUGAAAAAGCAAAUGCAGAUCUAGUCGAAAUAGAUCUAUCAGAGGGAAAUGAUUCUGGUUUACAACAUAACCAACCACAUGAGCAAAGUUCUAAUGAACCUGGAUUACAACAGACAGAGAAGGAACUUGAAUCUGCAAGUAUUUCACAUAAAAAUAAGGACACGCACUCGAGCAAGCACCAUGGUGAUAAACAUCAUUUACAUUCCUUGCCUAGUAAACACCAUGAACGGAGUAUGAGCAAGUCUACAAGCUCAAGACGAGCCCAUCCAAAGGGCGAGGCAGCUAAUACAACUUCAGCUCUGUCAAAAAUAACAAACAGACUCAACUUUUUGAAAGAACGACGUAACCAAAUAGCUGACGAGCUACAGGACAAUGAUAAAGAUCACAAGAAUCAUAAACACAAUAGAAGCAGUAGAAAAUGGUCAGAAUGUUCGCAAGGACCUGAUGACUCCCAGAUACAAAAAGAAAGCUCAUUUCAGCAUAGGGAAGAUAAAGGAAGAUCAGAAGACCAAUCUACUAAUAACCAAGCUCAAGGAAAAACGACCACUAGAUGA